AUGUCCAAACUAAGAAUUCUAAGAUUUAUUUUAUUACAAUAGCUUUUUUUUUUUCUCUAACAGAUAAAUGAGGUUUUAUGUGAUGGUUACAUAACUACGAGAAAACCUAUUGUUCAGUAUAAUAUGCAAGCAAAUGUGAAGUAUUUUUAAAUUGACUUCAACUUGGAUUAAGAUAUACCAGCUAAUAAUUAUAUUAGAUUGUAAUUUCCUCUAAGUUUGCACCAAACAGCUCAAACAGCUGUAUACGCAUCAAUAAUUUAAGCAACUAGUAGUCCACCUAACCCAACAACACUCACAAAAAUAUAAUCCACCGUAAGUUUAGGAGCUAAUGAGUAUACAUUUAUUAUUACUAAUGACUUAAGUAUGAAUACAUUCUACUCAAUAUAUGUUUUUCCUGAACUAAUAAGUACAUUUGGAUGGUUUAGCUAAGGAGCUCGUAUUUUAGUAGUUUCUGAUAACCAAAAUCCUAUUGUUUAUACUAAGAACGUCAAUAGUGGUAGUUUCACGAUAAAUAAUCCACUAACUCCAUUAUACAAUAAUCAAAAUAACUUUAUAAUCAAUAAAAUUGCAGAUAGUGAUAGUAAUAUAAGGAAUUAUGUUAAUUUAAGUGUAUCUACUUCUUUAGGGUUAACUACAUCUUUAGCUGCGCCUCCAUUUACUACAAUGGGAACUUCUUAUUGGUUAUCAAUAAUUAUUAUUUCAGACUCAAAUAUACCUGGAUCUGCUUUCUUCAGGUUUUCAAUUAAUUCUCCUGGAACCUUAGAUUUCAUAUUACUUAAUUAUUGCCAAUUAAUUUAGCUUUCCAGUAAUGUAUUGACUAGUCCUCCUGUUACUUCUUGUAAUGUGGAUACUACUGAAAAUUAUUUAGAGGCGUCAAUUAUCUCUGAUGUGCAGGUAAAUGAUCAAUUUUAAAUACUGGUUCCUGUUUAAAAUGCUUAUUACUCAGUUGAUAAUGAUGUAACUUUAAUAAUGGGAAAUUACUAUACAAAAUAGCUAUCAUCAUAUAGGAUAAAUAAAUAAAUACUUAGUACUCAAGCUAUCACAAUAGAUGUUGAGCAUCUAAAUUUAUUUUUUGGAGUGGCUUAUAAUGAAGAAGAAACAAAUUUCCCUCUUGGUGUCUUUUAAUCAGCAAGCAGUACCUCUAUCCCUGUUUAUAAUUCUAUAAGGCUUACAUUUCAUUCUGAGCAAAGCUUUUCUCUUCCUAACUAAAGAAUUCUUAGAGCAGUGCUGAAUGUUGCACCAGCAACUGAAGUACUUAGCUCAAGCAUAACUACUACUCUUCCAGCAAUUUAAGGAAAUAGUGUGUAUUGUAAAUACUUAAAUUCCUAAAUAAUAUGUGAUAAUAUAGGUGCAAUAGUAGCAUAUUAGAGCUAUAGUAUAGCUUUCAAAGCCUUUUUUAAUAACUAAGUACUAUAAAACUAAUUCUCUAGCUUUUGCUCUCUUAAUAUAUAAGAAUAUAACAAUCCUCAAAAUUCAUUUAUUUAAACAAAUGGGAUUUAGGUCAAGCUAUUUGUGAAUGCAGAUCUUAGAGAUUUAUCACCCACUGGCUGGCAUUCAUAAGCUUUUGAGUAUACAUCUGUGAUUUCAGCUCCUGAAAGUACAAGCUUAAAUAAUAUUUAUAACACUGCAUAUUCUACCACAACAGGCUCUGUUGGGAUUACUCCUGAUUAAAAUGAAUAGGCUAUUUUGUUUUUAUUAAAUGUACCAGCAUAAAAUUAUUGUGAUUAAAACUUAGCUUUAUGCUCAAACUCCUUCAUUAGCUAGCUUUACUUUAGAUAAACUGUACUUUUUAAUUAUAAUGUUAUCUAAUUCAGUUCAGGUAAAUAAAAUCUUGGAUUAGAUUUUGCAGCUAUGAAUAACGCUGGGUAACUUGACCAAGCAAGCUUUAGAUGUGUUGCUAAUAAUUACUGUGCCAAAUAUGAUGCAAACAGUAUAAAAAAUACAAAGACUUUAAUUUUAAAAGAUCCUUCUUUAACUGAUGAAGUCAGUUUGGGUUUAGCAUUUUUUGAUUGUGGUGUUUUAUAAUCAGAACUUGAUCCAGGUACAAGCCCAAGUGCAGUGUCAAACUGCUUUAAUUUUUAAGGAAAGGGAUCAAGUGUAGGAGCUAAUGGAAUUAUUGCACUGAGAAAUGUAAGAUUUAAUCCUUAGUUCACACAUACUACCUACUUAGCAGAUGACAAAGUGCUAGAUUUUGUAGUAACUUUUAUGAAGGGUAUCAUGACCAAUCAAUAAAUUCCGACUUCAUACAAUUUUGUUUCAACUAACUUAAUUAAUGCUUAUACAAUUGUAAGACAGACUCUAACAACAGUUAAAUUUGGCUAUGCAAACUUUUAUGUUGAUUCUACGAAUUAAUACAAUAAUGGUUACAAUAUUCCUGUUUUAUUUCGUUUAGGAGGCCAAUUUCCAAGUGCAUAAGCUUCUGGAACAACUCAAUUAGCAAUAUUUUUAGAUGAAUCUGUAGAUUUAACUAACUUUUUUUGGAACAAAAUUUCAACCACAAAUGUUGCAAAACCUUAUUCUUAUGGGUGUAGUGAAAAGGAGUGUUAUGGUUACUAAGUAACUAAUGCUGGUAAUUUAGAUUCUUAUUUCCUUCAUACAAUGGUGUUAGUAACUUUGUAAGCCUCAACUGAUAUCACUUAGCCAUUUAAUAUUAUCAUACCUCUUGCAAAUAACAAAAGCUAAAAGUUACCAAUUAGAGUCGUAGUAGGUUUAAUAAAUGGAUAAAAUAAAAUGUAAGCAAUAUUUAGAUUAUAUGGUCCUCCUUCAUUAGGUGAUACAACAGUAACAAAUCCAGUUACUGUUUUAUAAGGCUUAGCACCUUAAACUAACCCUUAUUCUUUUCCUCUCUAACCGCCUGGAAAAAAAUUUUCUUAUUCUGCAGAUGCUUCAAACGUUAGAUCUUCAUAGACUGGUUCUAUUUAAUUUAAUGCUGCAGCAGAUACUUCAAUAACUGUUAGUGGAAAUAAUAACGGAUUAUGGGGUGCAGGUUUAACAAUCGUAAGUAGAAAUCAAGACGUUUUUAGUAGUUCAAAAAUGAGUAUUAGCUUCUAAAUAUAUCCAGGAUCAUUUAAAUAAUGUUCUUUGGCUUCAUAUAACUUAGUAAAUCAUCCUGCUGGGAAUGGAUAAAACGGUAUUUAUUUUGUAUUAUUUUGUCCUGUCGACGAUCCAGCACUUUCUCCAACCUUUUUUGCAUCUGGUAAUGCAAAUAUUAUAAAUAUUAAUACUCCUUUCUCUUAUUUUUGGGGUUCUAACUUGAACAUGUAAUAUAUCUUUCAAUAUGCUGUUUCUAAUAACAAUGGUCUGCUUGUUGCUUCUUAUAUUGAGACUAAUAAAGUUCAGGCUCCUCUUUCUAAUAUGCAAAAAUGUAUUAUUGAUUCAACUUCGCCAUCUAUAUAGCCAAACACUUAAGGAAAGUAAGUAAUAACAGUACCUAUAAGUUUCAAUUAAGAUUAUUCAUUUGAUCCUCUAUCUCUAACAAAUAUAAAUAGCUUUAUGAUUGAAAUCAACUUUAGUACUUAGGUUGCAGGUUUUGUGUUGGAUGGAUCAUAUUGCUAAAUAUAAGGAUAUUUGUAGUUUUAAAAUUAUUUUUAAUGCAUACCAACUUGGACUAAUUCUUAAACAGCUAGAGCAAAAUUAGUGGCCUUAUAGAAAUUUGUGUUUUUGAAAGGUUAAACAUUCUCUCUUACUUUUUAAGUGAAUGAUAAUUCAUCUACCAACUUUGAUAAAACCAGUGUUGUUUAUAGUGCUAACAUCAUGCUACCUGAUUCUAAUUUAAAUCCUACAGAUAAUUUUCCGUCAGUUUUUUCUGCUCCAGAUACAGUAAAAGUUAUAACUGAGUCAUGCUAAGGAGGUUCACUGCAGUUAGGAAAUACGCCUCUAGGUAAUUAGCUAUAAAUAACGGAUUUGAAAACUAAAUUUAUCAAUUCAAGGGGAAGGGGCUACAUGAAAUUACAGUUUUAAGUUUUAAGCUAAAGAUAUAGAAUUAAUUAAGGAACUUACUUCCUACUCAACAUUGGGUUUUUGAUGGAUUAAAACAUGAAUGACAAUCAAAGAAUGGAUAUACUUGAUUGUUAAGUAAACUAAAUGAUCACAGGCAGUCCUAAUAAUUAAUUUUAGAGAAGCUACUUGUUUUCUUAGAUAGUUUUUACUAAUUCAAAUCAAAUUUAAAUUACUUUAAAAAGUGAUUUGCUGAAUCCUUAGAAUUAUUCUUUUUAGCUUUACUGUGUUAAUAUUAGAGUACCAAGCAGCACAUAUUAAGGUAACCAAAUUACUAUGCAAGUAUUUGAUAAAGAUAAUAUCUAAAUAUAUAGCAGUGUUUAACCAAUCAUUUUUAGCAGCAUACAAUUUACUUCUAUAAUCUAAAAUACAUAGAUCUAGCUACUAUCUUGGACUGGGUAUAGUUUAGGAUAAUUCACUAGUUAUAAAUUUUAAAUAACCAACUAACUUGUUGGAUAAAACAUAGACCAAUACAGCGCCAUUUAUGCUAAUUUCCCUGCUUCAUUCAAUAGCUUAUUAUCUGAUUCUAUAAGUUGUAAAUAAAAUGGAAUAAUAGUUUAGUGUAGCUUAGAUCCUUCUUAGCCUCGAUAACUAUUUAUUUAAUUGAGUUAGGGUCCAAUACUACCAAACGGCUAAUUUACUUUAGAAAUAAGUAAUUUGGCAAGUUCUUAAAUUGACCCUUCUGCAAGUGGAAUUUACAUUUGCUUAAUUAGAGAUUACAGAUCUUAAAUUAACCAAUAGGAUUUUAUCCUUUGUGAUUUUUAGAGUAUUGUGCCUCUUUUAUUAAAAACAUCAGUUAAUCCUUCUAAUGUUAAAAGUAUAAGUGUAACAAAAGUGUAUAACUAAGCAGCUUAAAAUAUGAACUAAUUUUAUUAUGGAAAAAAUCAAUUAUUUAGCUUUGACAUGAACAUAUCUUAGGGUGCAUUUAAUUAUAUCUACUACUUAUUAGUUGAACUCCCUCCAUAAUUUUCCAAAUAUAUUCUUGACACUGACCCUGUCUCUUGUGAAAUCAAAACAAGUUCAAGACAGGACAAUUUAUCAUAUGGAUGUAAUUUCCUUAAUCAAAGAUAUAUAUAAAUAUCUUUAGUAAAAGAUCCUUAAAACUUUUUUGGUAGCAGCCAAUACACAGUUAAUCUCUACAAUAUCUAUAUUCCAGAGUCUUUUACUGGAAUUUUGUCUGAUAUGCUAGUUUUUAAUUUUAUGAUUUAUGAUAUCAAUCUUCAAAAUAUCAUUGCUUCCACAACUUCAUAUGCGGCUUUACCUUUAAAAUUUGUCUCUGAUACGACUUUAUCUCUUCUAAAAUGGAUAAACACAGACAGUUUUACAAUUUAUCAAGGAUAUUACAAAUCUUUAUUUACUUUAUAACCUUUAGAUAACACAGUAUUUUAAAGUUAAUUUACAGUUAAUACAAGCUAAACACUUUCUACUCUCAAAUUACAAAAUUUUCCUUUGUAAGCUAUAAUAGCAGAUCCUUAUGAGUCCUUCUAAAUUGCAGGGCUAUCCAAUUCUAAUAUUGGAUUUUAUAAUAUUGAUUUUGUGAAAAGUUAGAACGACCAGAUAUAUUAAAGAGUUCCUAGACUUUCUAUUAUUCUUUCCAAUCUGCCUUGUAUUUUAUAAAAUUAUUUUAGCUAAAUACAAAUUGUAUAGGGAGGAUAGAUGACUAUUUAAGUAGACUUAAGUUAAUGCAUCCCUCUAGAUGCCUUUCAACUGUAAGCUACCAUUCUAGAUCCAACAUCUACUGGUAGCUUCACUUUUUCAGACGGAACCUUAGUUAAUUCUUCUAACAUCUCAGUGGGAUAAACUAGAGUUUACUUCGAAGUAAAAUGCAAUAUCAAUGCUAAUCCAGGUUAAACUCUCUAAUUGUAAAUGGCCGUAUAGAAUAGCUAAUAUUUUAAAGCUAAUUCAAAUAACAUAGUGCUACAAGUAACCAGUUCAAGCACUUAGGUUAGUACUCCUCAACCAGCUGCCAUAGUGAUGAGCCCCUAAACUGGAAAUUCAAUUUAAAUUUAAGUUGGCUGUGAUUAACCAGGUUAUAUCCUUUGGGUGGCUGGACCAUAAAGCCUUAGUUACGAUAUUUUUGAUUCUAACUACAUGUUCAACACUCUAAUAACUUAGAAAAACUAUGUUAGCUGCAUAAAUAAUGGGAACAGUUACUGUUAUGAUUUCAUUUUGAUGAAUUAACCUUCGAUGCAAUUUUAAGUAACGAUUCCAAAUUUAGUUAGUAGAUAGUUUUACUACUUUUAAUACUACUGCAGGAAUUAAAUAGGUAUGUUUAGUAAUUAAAGAUCCUUUACAUUCAAAGCCUUGGACAAUAAAGGAAGAGUAAAUAAAAUAACUAUUUAGGUAAACACUACAAUAUCAAAUAUCGUCUAAAUAUAAUCUGUGCUUUGUUUUACUAGCUAGAAGAUAAUAGCUAACUACCUAAGAGUUAUUAAUUCUAAUAAUGCUACUUGCUAAGAUUUAACAUCCUAUCAGAAAUCGAUAUAAACACCUCCAGAUAAUAACUUUUUCAUUUAUGUUUUACCUAAUUAAACAGUCAGUUUAGAUUAAACAACCCAACAAGUACAAAAUGCACUUUAAAGUCAAUCUGUCUAUUUUCCAAUAUUCAAUAGUAUUGGUGCAACUAUUCUGUAAUAUAAUAUUCAAAGUUAUGAUGACCAAAUGACUCCUAGUUUUAAUGUUUCCUAAUUUAAAAAUGAUUUAAACUCUCUUAGUAUGUAAGUAAAUUUCACAAACUCUAAUGGAUACCUUGUAGUAGGAAUAAUUACUAUUUCUGAAUCGCUGCCCUAGAAAGAACAAUUUUUAAAUUCAGUUAAUUAUUAGAACUAGCCAUUAAUGAAAAUUUAAAAGUAUUAUAUGUAACAAAAUUUACCAACUCUUAUUAAAUUUGACUAUUCAAGUAUAGUGUAAUAAGGUAGAUUAUAUAAUUGCCUAUUUUUAGCGAUUCCUGAUAAUCCAUAAUUCAAAACAGAUUAUUCUUCGAAUCUGUUUAAUUAAACUUUUACAAUCCCUAUUACUCAGGCAAAUGUGAAUGUUACAAGCUAGUCUACUAACUCAUAGAUAGCUAAUGCCUUAAAAUCAUUAAUUUUAUUAGUUUUAUUAUUUUUAUCUUGA